GAGGACCUGCCAGCUCUUAAACUCAAAGAGUCAGCGUUGCUCUUUGGAGGAGCUAGCCUGUCAAGCUAGCCUCGCAACCUAGAGACAACAGUAACUUUAUCGACAUAAUUGACGUAUCUCGACCGCUGUCUAGCUAAUGUACUCUUCGUCUUUGAGUUGUCCAAGCCAUGGAUAGGUUGUCUAGCUGUUGAGAAAUCGCCAAUGUUUGACGGAGUGACGGUCGUGUGUCCAGUAUGAGCGCAUCAGCUGGAGACAGAGAGCCUGGGAUCCCCUUGGAUAAUGCAAACGAAGAAAUCUGUGGCCCUACCUGCAUAGGUGAAAACAACAAACAUGACUUGGCAGUAUGCUCAAGCAACACUGAAAUUAAGAGCUCUGCCGUGGUCAAGUAUUCUGCUGCCCCACCUCCGACCAGCUAUGCCUUGCUGCAGGAGAAGACAGACCUGAAGCUGCCUCCAGCCAACUGGCUGAGAGAAAACCCCCAGCUGGGCGGUGCAGGAACCACUAUAUUAGGGUCCAGCAGCAAGAGCAAGCCUUUUUCCAGUUUUGGGAUGGCCUAUGACUUCAUUGAUUGUGUCGGGGACGAUGUCGACGUGGUGUCAGACUCAGAGAAUAUCAAGAAGCUUUUGAAAAUUCCCUACAGCAAGUCCCACGUCAGUAUGGCUGUUCACCGCGUCGGGAGGACCCUGCUUUUGGAUGAGCUGGACAUACAAGAGCUCUUCAUGAGGUCCUCUCAGACAGGAGAUUGGACGUGGCUAAAAGAUUUUUACCAGCGGCUAAUAGAUCAGAAAUGGCAGAGGAAAAAGAAGAGUAAAGAGCACUGGUAUCAGAAAGCAAUCCUGUCAAAGUUCCUAUACUAUAGUAUAAAUGGUGAUGGGGCUGCAGAGCCUGUAUCAGAAAACCUGAAUGAGGGGGAGGAGGAGAAUGGGGCAGAGGAGUUCAGCUCUUCAUGGCCCACCACCAUCACCAACACACAGUCUGACACAGAAGAAUCAGACGCUCCCAAGCAGGGUUUAAGAAAUGACUUUGUGCGAAACAUCAUGUGGACGUUCGAGGAUAUCCACAUGUUGGUUGGGUCCAACAUGCCCAUUUUCGGAGGUGGUCGCUAUCCUGCCGUCAGUCUGAGACUCAGGGAUAACAAUAAACCAAUCAACAUUCUGACAGGUAUCGACUACUGGCUCGACAAUCUGAUGUGCAAUGUCCCGGAACUGGUCAUGUGUUUCCACGUUAAUGGCAUUGUUCAGAAAUACGAGAUGAUAAAGACAGAGGACAUCCCUCAUUUGGAGAACUCAACUUUCUCCACGAGGGUGGUGAAAGACAUCGCCCAAAAUAUCCUUUCCUUCCUCAAGUCCAACUGCACCAAAGAGGGUCACACCUACUGGCUUUUCAAAGCUAGUGGGAGUGACAUUGUGAAGCUUUAUGAUCUUACUACCCUGUGUGAGGAGGCUGAAGAAGAGAAAUGUCAGAAUCCCUUCACUCUUCCUGUGGCUGUGUUACUGUACAAAGUGGCCAGCAACUUGAUGCUAAAGGCGAGGCAAAACAGAAAGCACUAUGGCACAAUCAGAACUCUGCUCCUAAACUGUGUCAAACUUUUGGAUCAGGAGAGGCAUCCCCAGAUCAUUGCCUCAGCCCACUACAUGUUGUCAGAGCUGUUCCAGCUCGACGAGCCCCCUGAAGAUGAUGGAGGGGAGUCGCUCCGGGCAGGUGGCUCAGAGGACAGCUACAGUGACGAAGACAGGGUGGAAGAUGAGGAGGACGACGACGAAGAGCUGACUGAGGACAGCGAUGAGAACGGCUCCUACGGUAACUGCUCCAGCCCACAGGAUGAUAGUAAAGCUGUGGCUGUGAUCCGCUCUGUAGGGGAGCUGUCGGUCCCGGAGAAAUACAAAUCCACUCACCAGAUCAGACCAAGUUGUGCUUUCCCUGUUUCUCAAGACAAGGAGGAGAGAUGCCGACACGUCCUGAGCUGCGUACUAAAGGGCCUGAAGGCAGUGGAUGGCAGCAUUAAGAAGGAGAGUGAUCUCCCAGCUGCAGACCCUAACACACCCAUUCCUCUCAAAUAUGAGGACAGAAGUGCCGUUGGAUCCUGCAGUGCUGAGAAAGGCAUCUCUGUUCUUCUUGAAAGAGCUGGGCCCUUGCAGGCGGACCAGAAGCACCCGACACGCUCAGGGAUGAUUCCCGGCUCCUGGCAGCACCAUAUGAAACUGCAGCUGUAUCUAAAAGCGUCUAAGGCCUACUACGUCCUGUCUGAUGCAGCCACUAACUUGCUGAAGUACGGGCGAGCCUUGCGCUACAUCAAGCUAUCUCUGCAGUGCUACGAUGCCUAUUGCUCAGUGAGCGGUACACUGCACCCACAGGUACUGCAGUUUCACAGUCAGUGCCUGUCUCUUUGUGGGGACAUCCAGCUGAUGUUGGCCCAGAAUGCCAGCAACAGAGCAGCUUACCUCGAGGAAUACAGCUACCAGACCAAAGAGGACCAGGAGAUCCUGCACAGUCUGCACAGAGAGAGCAGCUGCCAGGCCUUCAACAUGGCAACAGACCUGGCCAUGGACCCAGAGUACCAGCUGUUUGUUAGCAGUAAGUGCUACGAGGCAGCGUACGAACUGCUCGUCUCUGAGGCUUUGAAAGAUCAUGCCUCAGAUCAGCUGGGUCAGGUGCUCAAACGGCUUGGAAACAUCCGCAACGAGAUGGGAGUGUACUAUAUGAACCAGGCUGCAGCCAUGCAGACUGAGAAGGAAGUAAAGAAGUCGGUGUCCGUAGCAGAGCAGGAGAUGUGGAAAAAAAGUUUUGCCUUCUUUGAGAAAGGCAUGAAGGACUUUGAAGCCAUCAGGGACAGCACCAACACAGCCUUGUUGCUGUGUAACACUGGCAGGUUAAUGAGAAUCUGUGCUCAGGCUCACUGUGCCAUCUCUGCCACCCAGAGCAGAGGGGAGUUCUCACCUGAAGAGGCCCUCUACUACAACAAGGCCAUUGACUACUACUUGCGGGCUAUGAAGUCACUGGCAAGCCGAGAGAACCACCCAGCAGUGUGGGACAGUGUAAACUGGGAGCUGUCCACUACCUAUUUCACCCUGGCUACACUUCUGCAGGACUACGCCCCACUGUCCAGGAAGGCCCAGGAGCAGAUUGAGCGGGAGGUGACUGAGGCGAUGAUGAAAUCCCUUAAGUACUGUGACCUCCAGACUGAAUCGGCUCGUCAGCCGCUCUACCAGUACAGAGCUGCCACCAUCCACCACCGCCUGGCCUCUAUGUACCACAGCUGCUUCCGCAACCAGGUGGGGGAUGAACACUUGAGGAAGCAGCAUAGGAGCCUGGCAGAGCUUCACUACAGCAAGGCUGUUUGUUUAUUCCUCAGCCUCAAAGAUGCUCCCUGUGAGCUGCUCCGCACGCUGCUGGAGAGGGUGGCCUUUGCUGAGUUUACUAUGGCAGGUCAGAGCAGCAGCGCGGCUAAGCUGAAGAGCCUGACCGGAGCCCUAGAGAUCAUGACAGAAACUCGCUAUGCCUUCCAGCUGAUUCAUAAAGAGCUGCAGGAGGAGCAGAUAGAGUUGAGUGCUCCCAACCCUGCUGGAUCAGCAGAUGUGACGAGCGGUCCCACCUCAGGACUGAACCUCCAGGAAGUGAUGAAGUUAAUUGGUGUUUUUGAACCAAGUUUCUCAUUCCUGCUGCUGCAACUCAUCAAACUGAUGGCGACAAUGAAACGGAAACCAAGCAAUAAGGAUGAAGAGCUGUUGAAAACGUAUAAGAACGUGUACUCCAAGCUGCUGCGAGCUGAGAAAAAUGCUCCUCUCCUCAGCCGCCUCGGGCUCUACAUAGAGCUCCUGCAGCAGCUGACACCGCAAACGGGAAGUGACGAUACAAGUACACAUUCAUGAUAGCGACAUAAACCACGAUAAGGAAGACCCUCGAGAUUUUGAUUCUGUUCUCUGCACCUUGCCAGACAUCCAAGCUGCAUUUUGGGGAAGACUUGACAAAGGUCUUGUCAAAAAUGCUGUGACAGAAAACAAUGACUUAUAGACAUCGUUAUCAACAGGCACAUCCUCAGGCAACACUGUCCUACUCUGAAUUACAGUUUCAAAGCUAAUUUCACCUCCUGCGCCUUUACAACAAAUUUCAUCUUUUUCUAACAUUUGCAUCACAGGUUUCGAAUUGUACAUUUUUGUUGUAAAUUCAAGAUAUUAUUUAAUUUUCUUAUUACUCAAGCAGUUAUGGGCCAUACGUUAAGCUCCUCUUUGUAGGAUUUGUUGUUGAGUGUACCAAACAUUACCUGGAUUUUAUAAUUUUUCUACAAACCAGAAACAUAUGCCAUAAGAAAAAUUUCAAAGAUUGUAUAAUCACAUAUAACUUCUACACAUGGGGGCUUAAAAAAAGUGAUAAAUCUUCAAAUACAGGCUCAGAAAAAUUAUAAUUAAUUUUAAUAUAAGGGGUAUUUUUGAUAUUCAGUAAUAACAAUAAUGCUGUGAAUGAAAUGGAUUAAGUGUGAUUGAAGGCUGACAAGUUGAAAUAAGCUCGAACGUGUUAUUUGCUUUCCAAAACAACAUUGUGCAAUAGUUUGGCAACAUUCAAUGCAAACUCAGAGGUUAGUUUGUCCACAUUGCUGUAUGUAUGUAUGAGUGUAUAUCAACAUGGUUUGCUGUGACAUGAAAAUAAAAGGUUUUUUAAUUUUA